AUGUCCAUGGCACCAGGUGCGAAUGCGAGUCUAUCCCCGACCUCAACGGAUGAGGGUAGUAAUAAAGAUUACGUGAAGAUGUUAAGAGGCCUACCAGACGGUUUAGCUCACGCGACUACUGCAACGCAGGCACGAUUUGUGAACGAGUAUGAUCCCCUUUAUGAUAAGCCGUAUACCCGUUAUGAACUCAAUACUGGACGCUACCUGGAUGAAGAGCUCUGCCGCGUUCUUGAGGAUGAUCGGCGCUCUCAAACAAAACACCAUUUGCAGACUAAUAAAACAGACAAGGCGUAUAUGCUUGCACUUAUUGCCCACAGUUCAAUUGUGCGCUCUAAGGACUGA